UAUGGGUCGGGGCAAUCUCCAGCGAUAAACCACAACGCGGUUGGACGAUCUGGCGCUUCGGCGAAGAAAGGACUGCGAUCGAUCUCUCUUCCUCGCCUCCGAUGGCGUGUCGAGCCCUAGGAUUUCUAGGUUUUCUCCGCUCCCUCCAUGGAACCAGGUUUUCCCUCUUGGUAUCUAUUUAAGCUAGAGGUAGCCUACUCCAGAUCCAUAUUGACUGAUAUAGCAUGCAUCGGGGCUCGUUUUCUCAUAAAAAAUAUAGUUAUAGUCAUCAUAACCAAAAGGGUCCUUCUCAAGCUAUUGAUGUUCAUGAUAUCUUUAUGAAGAAGAGCAAAACACGGGUUAUAUUAUCAUAUGUGGGCAAUCUCGUGUUUCUUGCUAAUACCUGUUACUCGUUGCUGGUGAAGGAAGAAUUGUCUACCAGCUCUUUUUGGAUUAUUUUUGUUGGUGUUCUCUUUGCCAAAUGUCUGCAGUACAAACCUGUUAAAAAAGAGUCUGUGGUGAUUAUGCCAACAUUUGGAGUGCAACUUGAAACUCAUUUUUGGAGUGGGAGAGUCAUCCACCGCUUUGUCCCCAUAGGGAAGAUUCUGAGACCAGUGUUAAAUGAAUGCGUGACCCCUGUAACUUGUUACUGGAGUUUGGCUUUGAUGUUGCGUGGUGAAGAGAAUCUUUUGCUAGUUUUCCAGGAAUUGCAACCACCUGUGAAAAUGUUGGUUCCAGUGUGGAAGGCCUUGUGCGCUGCAACCAAUGGCAAAGAAAUAAGCAGUUCUUGAAGCUGGCAUCCCAUGUGUAUGACACGUUAUGAAUUGGACAAGAAGAAUUCUUCCAAAGAAAUGCUUACUCAUGUGGAUAUACUGUGAGAUUGGUGCAGAAAGGGCUCAUAUAUCAGAUUUUCAAGCAGUGCUAUAUCCUGUGCAAUGCAAUCAUAAGCAAACAUAUUUCAGAACUGGCGCUGCAUAGGCGAAGAACCUGCAUUCAAUCUCAAACCAUCAUAUGUUGUUAAGCUGCUUGCCAUGAUGGUGAGCCUCAAGAAGGCUUGCUUCAGAAACAUCCUAUUCAUUGUCCGUGGGCACAAAAAGGGGAAUGACAGAGAGUGGCAAAGGAAGUCUAUUGUUGCUACCAAAAAAGGAAGUCUUUAGAAUCAUGAUAUCUCUUAAUGAUUAUUCAUGGUUGUAAGAUGUUAUGGAGGCCGUCUUCCUGGCCACUUCUAGCACUUCAAAUACUGGGUCUGAUGGUUUUAUAUAUCCUUAUCUCUUAUAUUGUUAUAUAUUUAAUAAAUCUUACUCAAAUUUCAAUUAGAGAAAAGAAUAUUUUUUUUUUCAAA